AUGGCGUUUGUUAAGGCCUCUACUUGCCCGAUAGAAACAACCAAUCGGGUAGUAGUUUUUUGGAAGAAGACAACGGAUAGAUUUAACGCGAUUAUGGAGCAUGGUCCGGCUCGUGAUGUCGAAUCCGUCUCGGGCAAGUGGCGAAAAAUGAUCAAGGUCGUCAACACCUUUAACCAAAUUUAUAACCAAAUUUACCUUUCUCCUCUAAGCGGGAGUAACGACGAGGACAUUCUUAACCUUGCUAUCGCCAAGUGGGACUCUCAAAAUCCAACGCCUUUCCCGCACUUCCGAGCAUGGAACGUUGUAAGGAAAGAACAAAAAUGGAAGCCGGUUCCAAAUGAGGUCGCAACGGCCAAACGCACUAAAACUUCCGAGUCCGGAAGUUAUAGUGCGGGAGGCUCCACCGCUCGAUGUCAAAUCGACAUAAACGACGACCCGGAAGAUGACGAGGAUGUGUUGCCCGUUCACGAGUCGGAACGUCCCACCGGGAGGGACAAAGCAAAAAAAGAAGCGGCCGGAAAGCGAAAAGUGGCCGGCUCGAGUGGAGGUGGCGGCUCGAGUGGAGGUAGGGGCGAGAAGGCAUCGUCAAAAAUGGACGACUUGAUAAACGAAUUCCGUUCGUUCAAAGAGUUCGCGGCCGAAAAGUAUACUCACAAGAAAACCGUGUCGUCCGACUAUGCUCGAGCGGAAGAUUUUAGGAUUAUGCGGUCGGAUCUCGACUCGGUUCCGGAGGAUGAACGCGAGGUUUAUCGGAGGAUGAAGGAAGAGUGGAUAUCGUUGGAGGUUUCAAUUGAAGAAAAAAAUGAAAAUCACAACAUUUUGUGUAAAUUCAGGGCUGGUAGUGGUACCGCACAAGGCUCACUUUCAUGGGCUGAUAUUUAG